GUAUUUAUGAGUGGAGUGCAGAUGAUGAAGAUUCCCUUUCCAUCCACUCUCAAAUUCAUCAAUUCCUCACUUUUUUCUCUCUCCUACAUCUCCGGCGGCCAUUCCUCCGAUCCGCCGCCUCUUCAUUAACUCCGAUUCAAUCAAUGAUCCAUCCAUAUUAUCAGUCCAUUGCAAGAUUCACCAGAUACUCUUCCCCAUUAAUCCGAAUCCACAUAUAUAGAUAGAUAGAUAGAUAUAGGAAUUAAUUAAGCAAUUGUAUUGUAUUCAUUCAUGGCUUCAUUCUAUACCAUGGCAUUCACCAUUCUCCUCUUCCAUAUUCGCCUCCAUGGUAAUUGGAGCUGCCAAGUUCACAUUUGUUAACAAAUGUGAAGAGACAAUUUGGCCCGCAGUUUUGGGAAGUCCGCGUCUCGACACCACCGGAUUCGAGCUCCGGAGUGGCGCCUCCCGAGCGUUCCAGGCUCCGACCGGCUGGUCCGGCCGGUUCUGGGGAAGAACCGGCUGCAACUACGACCAAUCGGGCCGGGGGUCCUGCGCGACCGGCGACUGCGGCUCCGGCCAGCUAGAGUGCAACGGCGCCGGCGCCAAGGCCGCCACUUUGGUGGAGUUCACCCUGGGGUCGGGCUCCAUGGACUUCUACGACGUCAGCCUCGUCGACGGGUACAACUUGCCCGUGAUGGUCGAGGCGAGCGGCGGAUCGGGACAGUGCGCGUCCACGGGUUGUGUGGAGGACAUAAACCGGAGGUGCCCGGUGGAGCUGAGGGCAGAGGGAGGCGGCGCGUGCCGCAGCGCGUGCGACACGUUCGGGACGGCAGAGUACUGCUGCAAGGACGAGUACGCGUCGCCGGCGUUGUGCAAGCCGUCGGCGUACUCGCAGGUGUUCAAGGGCGCCUGCCCCAAGUCCUACAGCUACGCCUUCGACGACGCCACCAGCACCUUCACCUGCACCGCCGCCGAUUACGUCGUCACCUUCUGCCCGUCCCUUCCGAGCCAAAAAUCAUCGGAGCCGGACGACGGCGCACCAGAUGAGACCGGGUCAGGAGGAGCCGUGCCCGAAUCCGGGUCAGGGUCGGGUCAGGAGGCUAUGUUGGCAGACGGGUCGUGGCUAGCAAAUUUGGCUACUGGGGCCUCCACUAGAACGAACAGCAUUGAUGCUGCUGCUCGGGCAUUGGUACUCCUUAGUCUACUUGUACAUCUCGCUUCAGGACAACCUUUUAGAUUUUUCUAGCAUUGAUUAACGGCUCUCUGAUGUUUUCAUUUCAACAUCAAUCAAUAUUAAGGAAGGAGGCCAAAGUAGAGAAAAAAUUCAUGGAGGAAAGAUUGAAGAUAAAUAAAUGGAGACAAGUGAAUUGGGUGCCCCGUACAA